AUGCAUCUGUUCGUAUGUCGAGUUUCUAUUGGUUGGCUGACUUCACACUCCACCAAUCAGCGCGAAGCUUCUACUCACCAAGUUUCCCCUUUCCCCGUCGCUGCUUUACCUCGGUUGAACAUUCACCAAAUAACAAUCAGCGUUCAGUGUCUGGAGGGUUUCACCGGGGGGAGACAGCUAAUGAUGAGUAAAAGUCCGCGUCCGCCAUUACACCAGAGAAGAAGCACAUCACACCCUCCUCUUCCUCGGAUCUCUUCUUCUUCUCCUGUGGUGUGGAUAAGUGAUUUGGGGCAGUCCCAACGAUUGCCAUGGAGACUACUUCGGUCUACAUGUGUUUCCCCUGCUACCAAGAGUUUGACACUCUGGAAGAAGUACUUAAACACCAGUUGA